AUGGGACUACCGAGGGCAUUCCAAGCUUCUCAGCGCGAUGGACUACUCGCACCAAACGAUGAAGUGCAGCUUAGAAAAGCCCAGUUAUGGGAAAUGAUAUCUGCUGCAGACAGACUUCUAGGAAUCAAUCUUAACCUUCCUCCAGAUACUCGUUGGCACAGACGUAUAAAGGACGAAGCAUUGACCGUCGACGGCGCUGUCCAGACGCGUUUGUAUUCCACCAUACUCGUGAAUAUUGCUGGAAAGGUUCAAGCUUUGGACGAAUUAAACAUGGCCCGCGAAAGUACCGCUGAACUUUCCAAAUCCACGUUUCAAUUGGUCGAAGAACUCAGGUCAUUUGCGUCUCAGACCCCAGAGACUUGGUGGACUCGGCUGAUGGAGCUUUGGAUCAAAGGUAAUAGUUGA